AUGGGUAACGCAGGCGAAGAAGUCCACGAGCUCGCCGACGUCGACCUCAAGCAAGCAACCCUACACACUGAAGAAGUCGUCAUAACACGCCUCACCGAAGAAGACGUCCACCGCCUCUCUCGCGACUCCCUCACCAUCAAAUCUAGAGCUGGAUGGCGCCUCGCCAUGAUUCUGUUUGUCCAAGGUUGCAACCAAGCAGGCUAUGGUAUAGACUGGGCAGUCAUUGGCGGUAUAAAUGCCUUGCCGGCUUUGCACACUUAUUUCGGCUUUGGAUACAGUGGAUCCACUAUUGGUGUUAUCAAUGCUUUGAUGACGAUUGGCACCGUCUGUGGUGCUCCAUUCUUGGGGCUGGCUGAUGUGAUUGGGCGAAGAGGUGUCAAUUUUGCAGGCAACGUGAUUGUUAUUUUCGCUGCGCUGUUGCAAGCUUGGUCGAAGAACACAGAGAUGUUUAUGGCCGGAAGGUUCUUCAUGGGCUUCGGUACCGCUCUUAUGAGUUCCAGUCAGUACAUGGCUGAGAUAUCGCCAAUUCAUCUGAGAGGUAGACUGGUCGGCAUCUUUGGAGCCUGCUUCCAAGUCGGAUCUCUGGGUAUGACUGGUGCUAUGAUCGGUCUCACCACCCUCGAAGGCAAUUACUCCUGGCGUAUUCCUUUGCUACUCCAAGCAGGUCUUGCUCUGGUCGUCUGCUCCACCAUCUACUUCUUGACCCCCGAAAGUCCUCGAUACCUGGUCAAAGUCGGCAAGAGAGAUGCUGCAAAGCAUGUCAUUGCAAAGUACCACACCACCAGCGGUGAUAUUGACGAGCCAUUGGUCAAUGUCGUCAUCAGUCAAAUCGACGAAUCUCUAGAGAACGAGAAGGCGCUUGCAGGAGCAUGGUGGGACUACCGAGUCUUCUUCACCAAGCGUGUUGGUUUCCGUAUGGUUGUCCUGACGUUGUACUCCAUCUUCCAGCAGUGGAACGGAGGUGGCAUUAUCACCUACUACCUGACUCCCGCUCUAAUCAUGGUCGGCAUCAAGAAGCCAAUGGAACAGCUUGGCAUCCAACUCGGUUCAACAGCCAUAUACUUCGUCUUCACUCUGUUCGGCUCCUACAUCAUCGAUAAAUUCCGCCGCCGUACCCUCAUCUUCGCCGGCCUGAUCAGUAUCAUCAUCCUCCAAACAGCGACAACAAUCACCUCCUGGCAAUACAGUGUCAACCCCACCCAUGCAGCAGCAGGAUUGACAAUACUUUGGGUUUACAGUUUCCAAGUCUGCUCUGCAACCUUUAUCGCCACGAUGCACAAUCUGUAUCCCGUAGAGAUCUUGUCGUUGGCAUUGAGAGCUAGAGGUAUGGGUGUGUAUUCCUUCAUCCAAGGAGCAGCGGGAAGUGUGCAGAAUUAUGGCAUUGCGGUAGGCAUCGACAAGCUCGGCUAUAAGAUCUGGGCUGUGUAUGUGGUGUACAACAGUCUUCAGCUUAUCGCAUCAUAUUUCGUAUUCCCGGAGACUUAUGGCUUGAGCUUGGAGGAGAUUGAUGUUGUGUUUGAGACUCCAAACGUCAAUCCGGUCAAGAUCAGUUUGAACAUCCAGAAGGCGAAGAAGCAGAGAGCUGUGUUGGAGGAAGAGGUUGGCGGGUUGAGUGAGAAGGUUUGA